AUGGCGGAGCUGGACACGGAGCACGUGCGCAUGCUGGACGCCGGCAGACAGCGCGUGGCGUACUCACCGCUGCUAACGUCUAGCAGCUUCGCCUCGGUGGUCUCCAAGAGGACACAGCUACUGCAGCACGGCAACACCUUCGGCCUGAGUUUCGUGGCGACCGAGAAAGGCUUCGUGAUGACCAAAAACGAUGAGCUGGAAGUGUCGUGCACCGACUACACUAAGCGGCGACAGGAAGCCGUGGACCACGGACAGAAACUUGCACUAGAGGAGAUCCACGAGCUGCCGGUGGCCAAGGAAGUCCUGCUGCCGUCCAUUGCCUACUACAUCGCACUCUCCCCAGACGAGAUUAUGCUCGCUGUGGCCUACGGAGACUCGGUCGCGCUCUUUGAAGUCGCUCACAUCGUGGAGGAGGUAUCUCCCGCACCUUUUUACACGUUUUCCAAGAUGCAAGCGCAGGAGAUCGCGUGGUGUAGAGAUCCUUCUAGCGAACGUUUUGCAGUCUUGACGCUCGAGAAGCAGGUGGCCGUGUGCUCGCUGGACGGAGCAAGAGACGUCAUUAAUACAGAGACAGACGCGUCGUCCAUUGCCUGGUCGCCGUCAGGAGAGCAGAUUGCAGUCGGCCUAGCAGAUGGCAGCAUUGGCAUCUACGCGCGAGACUCUUUCGAGUUCGUUCGCUCCUUUUCUCAGCCGGAAUCCUGUGCGGAUCAAGAAUUAGAGACGCACCACGUCAACUGGGCGGAGGAGGAGUUGGUCCUGGCCGGAUACCACAAAUACGACGAAGAGAAUGAGGAAACAAUCGCCCAGGCCUGCAUUUUCGACAAUGGAGAAUGCGUCGAGCUGGACGAAGUUGUGGGAUUCUUCGACGUGGAGGAGCGACGACACCAGUAUUUCUCCGUUUUCUUACCGGACUGGCGCAUGUUCUUCAUUACCUGCUCGCUGAGUGCAGAUAUCGAGUUGCUCGUUUCAGAUCCCGAAGGCGGCGAAUGGCAACUGUGGAAGCCGCUGGAGAAGUACCAAGCACGGCUUCCCAUGAACGCUGAAGACGAGGAGUCUUUUCCAAUGGGCUUUGCUAUCAAUUUGAACUCGACGACGCCUGUUCCAGUCGAUGAGGAUUCAUUCCCUCCCGUUCCUAUUGUUUCUUGUACCAACACAGAGGGACUUUUGGUCAAUUUUGCUUUUGUGGAUACGACUGUGAGUGAAGUCGAUUUUGUAAAAAGCCCGUCGCCGUUUGACAAGAAGGCAACGCGUGCAGCUGCGGUGAUUUCUAGUGGAACUUCAGAGGUGAAGACUGAGGUGUCUGUAUCUCCGAAGAAGCAGAUUUCGCACACGUACGGCCAGAACGAUGAGAAUGAGUUCGCCGAGUCCGAUGGAGAGUCAAGUGACGAGGAAGAAGAGCGUAAGGAAGAAGAAGAAAAGGCUAGAACUACGUUCCGCUCGAUGACGUCUGAUGGAGCCGAUCAUAUCACUCGGGAAGUGUUCCCGAAGCUGUUUAAGGCAAUGGGGGCUACGUAUGACGAGGAAGAACACACGAGGACUAUAGAGAGUCUGGAGAAGGAUGGCAAGAUCUACGAGAAUGACUUCGUUACGUGGUACGUGAACUGGAUCUUCGGUGAUGAUGAAUCCGAAUCGGACGAAGAAGUAGAUGUGUCUGCUGUGGAGUCGAAACCGGCGGAAAUGAAGUCGAAGGAGGAGAUCGCAGCGGCUUUUUCGAAGUUUACGGCCAAGGAGGGAAGCUGGAAGUGUGCGGUGUGCAUGGUGAGCAAUGGCCCCGACGCGAUGAAGUGCAGUGCGUGUGAGACUCCGAACCCUGCAGCGCCAAAGACAAUAGCUCCAGUAACGACGGCGAGUGCGAACUCUGCAGGCUCAAUUGGCUCUGGUGGAUUCUCUUUCGCGGUAUCUACGGGCAGUGACUCGAAGCCGUCGUCCUUUUCGUUCGGCGUGACUCCAGCGGCUGGCUUCAGUGCGGCUGAUGCCACCAAGUCUACCGGAUUUUCGUUUGGUGCUGCUUCUACAAGCACAGGAUUCAGCUUUUCAAGUAACACGGCGCCGUCCGGAACAGGCUUUAAAUUUAAAGCUGCUACCUCUUCGACUGCUUCAACAGCGACAUCUAGUGUUAGCUUCGGUGGAGACACGAGUGGCUCAACCGAUGCAACAAGUACCAGUAAAACUGCUGCUGCGGUUGAUUCAUUAGUGAAAGACACCGAACCUGCUUCUCCGAAGAAGGCGAUCUCUCAUGAAUAUGGCCAGAACGACGAAAACGAGUUUGCUGAGUCGGAUGGUGAGUCGAGUGACGAGGAAGAGGAGCGUAAGGAAGAAGAGGAAAAGGCCAGAACGACGUUCCGUUCGAUUGCGGCCGAUGGAGCUGAUUAUAUUGCUUCGGAGCUGUUUCCAAAGCUGUUUAAAGCCAUGGGGGCUACGUAUGACGGGGAAGAACACACCAACACGAUGACGGAUCUCGAAAAGGAUGGCAAAAUCUACGAAAAUGACUUCGUUACGUGGUAUGUGAAUUGGAUUUUCGGUGACGUAGACUCUGAUUCCGAUGACGAGGAUACUCCGCAAGUAGCGUCUCAGAAGACAAUAUCGCAUGAGUACGGCCAGAAUGAUGAGAACGAAUUUGCCGAUUGCGACGAGUCGAGUGACGAGGAAGAGGAGCGCAAAGAAGAAGCAGAUACCGCUAGAGUUACGUUCCGCACAAUUGCGGCGGAUGGAGCUGACUAUAUCGUUUCGGAGCAGUUCCCGAAGCUGAUUAAGGCAAUGGGCGCUACAUAUGACGAGGAAGAGCACACCAACACAGUGAAAGAUCUCGAAAAGGAUGGCAAGAUCAACGAGAAUGACUUCGUUACGUGGUACGUGAACUGGAUCUUCGGUGACGAAGCCUCAGAUUCAGAUGAAGACGACGAUGCACCUGCGUCAUCAGCGAAGCCCGCUGGAAUGAAGUCGAAGGAGGAGAUCGCAGCGGCUUUUUCGAAGUUUACGGCCAAGGAGGGAAGGUGGAAGUGUGCGGUGUGCAUGGUGAGCAAUGGCCCCGACGCAAUGAAGUGCAGUGCGUGUGAGACUCCGAACCCUGCAGCACCAAAGACAAUAGCUCCAGUAAAAGCGGCGAGUGCGACAUCUGCGGGCUCAAUUGGCUCUGGUGGAUUCUCUUUCCCGGUAUCUACGGGCAGUGACUCGAAGCCGUCGUCCUUUAUGUUCGGUGUUACUCCGGCCGCUGGUUCUGGUACUACUGGUGCAAGCAAGUCUACCGGAUUUUCGUUUGGUGCUGCUGCUUCUAGCACAGGAUUCAGCUUCCCAAGCACCGCGAACACAGGUUUUAGCUUUUCGACUAGCACGAAACCUGCGACUUUGACGGCCGCCGCAGCUUCUUCAAGCGGCAGUGGAUACCCCCCGGACACGACGUCAACGCCGAAGCCGCCUACGUUCGGUGCUGCCAGCAGUGGUGGGUAUCCUCCCGACACGACUUCCAAGCCCAAGCCUCCUGCGUUUGGUGCUGUACAUGCAAGUGGAUACCCUCCAGACACGACGUCGAAGCCAAAGCCUCCAACUUUCGGCGCAAGUGGAAGCGGCUACCCGCCUGACACGACAUCAAAACCGAAGCCGCCUGCGUUCAGUGCUGCCAGUAGUGGUGGCUAUCCUCCUGACACAACAUCAAAGCCGAAGCCUCCUGCCUUUGGAGCUGUUAGCAGUGGUGGAUAUCCGCCUGACAUGACUUCUAAGCCCAAGCCUCCUUCUUUUGGCACCGCAAGCUCAAGUGGCUAUCCUCCAGACACGACGUCGAAACCAAAGCCCCCUACUUUCGGUGCUGCAAGUGGCAGUGGAUAUCCGCCUGAUACGACGUCAAAGCUGAAGCCCCCUGCUUUUGGUGCAAGUGGAAGCGGCUACCCGCCCGAUACGACUUCGAAACCGAAGCCUCCUACCUUUGGUGCUGCCAGCAGUGGUGGGUACCCUCCGGACACGACUUCGAAACCGAAGCCUCCAGCCUUUGGUGCUACCAGCAGUGGUGGAUACCCUCCGGACACGACUUCGAAGCCGAAGCCUCCAGUCUUUGGUGCUGCCAGCAGUGGUGGUGGAUACCCUCCGGACACGACGUCUAAGCCGAAGCCUCCAGCGUUCGGCCAGUCAACUACGUCGAACACAACCCCAUCAUCCUCUUCGUUUGGUUUCGGUUCGUUCGGUAAGAGUCUAUUCGGCUCAAAGCCGGAAUCUUCACAAUCGACAGAUUUUUCUGCGCAAACGAGCACUUCAGCUAGCACCGUUACUCCAACGAAGCCAAAGUCUUUGUUUGGAAGCGCUGGGGCCACAGGAAAGGCACCAGACACAUCAUCGUCUCCAUUUGGCGCUGUCCCGAAGGCGAAUUCAACGAGCGCGUUCUCAUUUGGAUUGGCGAGUGCUAGCGACUCGAAACCCAGUUCAGCAAGACCAAGUUUCUCCUUCGACAGUGUGUCCCCACCACUGGAUAAGACAGAGGAUCGUGACAGCUCUGAAGGUCAGCCUCCUACCAAGCGUACACUGAAGUUCGGAGAUACCAGCGCGUUUGGUGCUGAGGCCACAACUCCAGCCACGACGACUAAAGCAAAGCUGACUACAGCCCCUGCCAAGACCACCAAGGAUAUCCCGUCUUCGCGAAUGGAGGGGCAGCUGUGGAAGUUGAUUGUGGACUUUGAUAAGUCGCUGCAACGAGUGAACGAAAGCUCGAAGAAUAUCCCGUCUAAGGAUGCUGACUUUUCGAAGAAGCUUUUGUCUCAAACGGACCAGCUACGCGCGCAGAUUUCGCGUCUCUGUGACGAGAUUAACACUUUGGAUGAGUCACGGGAUCACGUGGAGAAGGAUGUCUUGUUUGUUAUCGGAAGUGAUGGCGAUGUGCACGAGCAGCUGGAAUAUGGGCGUGAAACCUUGGAUAGCUUUAAUGACGAGGCUCUCAAGAGGACGCUGGAGGAGCAGCCACUGGACCAGCGAUCGAAGGAAACGUGGGACUCGUUGAAGAACAAGAUGAGUGAAGUAAAAAAUUGCUGUGCUGAUCUCGAUAGCCACCUGUCGUCUUCCAAGAUCGGUACUGAUGGAUCCGGCGCUGUGUCUUCGACGCACUUGUUCCGUGUGUUGAAGCAGACUUACGAUAAUUCCAAGAUGCAGUACAACAAGGCGUGCAAGCUGGCGGAGCAACUGGAGAAGCUGAGUUUGCGUGGCGACAUGCGUCAAUCGAAUGGCGUAAGUGCGAUUUCCGGCGAAGCUGAAGCUCAUUCUACAGUUACCAAGGCGGAGAUGGUUCAGAUGAUCGUGGAGACCGAACAGCGCAGUCAAGAUGUGCGUCGCAACUUCUUGACUCUAUGUAACAACGUUGUUACUCCUCGUGAUGUCUUCUCGACGCCACGACGAAAGCUGGUACCUCCCACGCCGUCCAAGUCCUCGAACUCGCCACUGCAAGUCAAAGCGUGCAGCAAGUUGAUGCCAAAGACGCAGCUGAGUGUUGCUUCUCCCUUGAGCUCAGCGAAGCAGUCCUCGCGGUCCGUCUCGUUCCAGGAGACCGCCGUGAAGUCUGGGUCGAAGUUGUUCUCGCUGGCGGAGGCAAUGACACCGAAGGAGGAGCCUACCAAGCUCGUUCAGACGCCUCAGCCAGCAAAACCGAGUGUGAGUGUGGGCAAGGCCCCCCAGCGACCAAGUCUAGGCGCCCCAGCUACAGAGACCAAGCCCACGACGACGAGUGCAGCAAAGCCGAAUGCCUUUAGCUUCCCGAAGCCAAAGGAAGGUAGUAGUGGGUUUGGAACGACAGCGACUAAAGAGGAAGCGAAGAAGACACCCUUGACGCCAUCGUUUGGCGGGUUUGGAGUCAGCUCACCGGCAGUCAAGCGAAAAGCUGAGUCGGCUCCGGCGCCUGCUUUCUCGCUAGGAGGAAAGGAAGCUGCAACGCCUUCUGCUUUCAGUUUUGGAUCCAAGGAUAAGACUUUUGCACAGUCGACUUCGACAUCUUCUACGAGGACCUACAAGGCGCUUUUGGAAGCUUUUUACAAGGUGCAUAACCCGUCAAAGACUGGGAGUGUGAUUGAGAAGGCUCUGGCAACGUAUAAGGGCAGAGAGGAAGAUCUGUUCACUCGACUCUUUACUAUGUACGUCCAGGAUUCGACGCCUGAUGAUGUCUACAAGUAUUUAGGUGGAGGGCCAGUUCCUCCAAAGUCUGCGUCUGUGGCAGCCUCCAAGUCUCCUGCGCCUGCCAGUGCAGCAGCUAAGAGUCCGUUCGGUGGGUUUGGAGCCUCCACUUCGACUCCGAAUAGCGCAGCCAAGCCCAAUCCGUUUGGAGCGUCUCCGUCAGCGUUCAGUCUCGGCCCAGCUGCCAACACGUCGUCCGGUUUUGGAGCGUUUGGAUCCACAGCAACGACGGCAACCACGACGCCCUCUCCCUUCGGUCAGCCUGCAGUGGAUUAUCGUCAGAAGUUGGUGGAGUUCUACCAGAAACACAACCCGAGCAAACUCAGUAGUGUGGACGCCACGCUGCAGAAGUACAAGGGUAACGAAGAGAAGCUCUUCCAGAAUUUGGCCACCAAGUACAAGGUGAACGCUAGUCCAGCCGUGCAGUCUACGAACUCUACUGCUACGGCAAGUCCAUUCGGCAAACCUGGAGCAUUCUCGACCCCUAGCACCUCUGGAACGACCUUCGGCUCCACUAGCUCAGCUGGUUUCGGCGCAGCAAAUCCUGCCCCCAGUGCGUCUCCAUUUGGUGCAGCGGCCCCUGCUUCGUCUCCGUUUGGUGCUUCAACGUCUCCAGCCUCCACUGCCUUUGGGUCUACAGGUGGAAGUGGAUUCGGAGGUUUCCAGUCGACUACGGGUACAGCCCUAGCGUUCGGUACACCUUCUCCAUUCGGCACUGCGACAACCGGCUUUGGAGCUGCCGGUGGCGUCAACUACCGUGAGAAACUUACAGCUUUCUAUCAACAGCACAAUCCUGCGAAGCUGAGCUCUGUAGACGCGACAUUGGAGAAGUACAAGGGCCGUGAAGAUCAUCUGUUUGCGAUGCUGGAGCAGAAGUAUGUGAAGAAGACCCCGACAGCGCCUGCAACUGGAGGCUUCGGUGUUCCCAGUACCACGACAUUCGGUGGAGGUAGUGGCUUUGGUGCGCCCUCGGCCCCUGGAGGGAGCGCAGCUCCUGCGUUCGGCUCAGCUUCGGGUUUGGGAGGUGCCGCACAGCCAGCAUUUGGAGGAGCUGCAGGCUCAGGCUUUGGGAUGGCGUCGCGCAUGGGCGGAGGGUUCGGCUCGGCUGCUCCGGCCGCUCCCAGUGGUGCUGCCGCCGGCGCAGGAUUCAGCGCCUUCGGCACUCAGACGCCGUCGUUUGGUGGCGCCACACAGCAGUCUGGUGGAUUUGGCGCUCCUGCAAACAGUGGAGGCUUUGGGUCUGGUUUUGGAGGUGGUGCGACUACAGGAGGCUUCGGCCAACCAGCUGCAUUCAACAGCACCAGCUUCACCCAGAUGCGGUGAGAGAGACACAGAAGAAAUAUAUGGCUUGAUAUAGUAAAGCGAGAGACGAUUGACACCAAGCUUUUCCAUGUUAAAACGGCAAAAGGCAACUCGACUGAGGUUUUGCUGUUUC